AGUUAUAGCAGACACUCCUACACAGAGACACAGCGAGGCUUUUAGGAAACCAAGUGAGAGAGGAGAAACCAAGAGAAAAUGAGAACAAGAAACCAAACCUAGAAGAAAAAAGAGAGUGAUGAAGAACACAAAGGAGGAGGGGCAAGAGGGGAUUAUUUACUGAUUCAGACGAAUAAAUCCGUAUCGUGUGAAUCUGUCACACAGAGAGAAGAGGUUUAGAGCAGCAGCAAAGCAGCGAGGACGAGCAAGACGCAUGAAAAAGACCAUGGAACUGUUUGAUUUUUAAUAUAAAUGAUAAAUAUUGUAUGUUUUUUACAUUUUAAUGGUCCCUUUGGAAUCAGCGAUAUGACUAUUAACCAUUUUAAAAAGCUGUGAGGAAAAGAUUGGAUCUGGAACUGGAAUACACAGACGCAGGAGGUCUGUAGUGAUGGCAGGUAUCAGCCGGUUCCAUGUGUUGUGGAGAAGAACGGUGGAGUUGCUGAUCUUCUGGAUGUCCAUACUAGUCUCUCCAUCCCUACUCCAGCCCACUCCUCCUCUCUCCCUGCCGGUCCACAUAUCCGUCAUCCCUCCUCUCUGGCAGGUCUUCCCUCUCUCCCAGGUGGAGCUGGGCCCUCUGUUCUCCAACUCCAGCCCCUUCUCCUUCUCCCAGAGUAUCUUCAUGCUGCCCCCUCCCAGCCUGGCUCCCACACCGGACCUCCAGGCUUCAUUUGGACCUUACUCAGUCUCUGAGCUCAUAUCAGCGCCUGUCCUCCCUCCUUCCCUCCUGGUAUCGGCUUCCCUCCUCUCAGAGAACGUAGAGAGAGGAUGGGAUGAGGAGGGGCAGGAGAGGUUCAGGGUCAGGGCUUUGUUCCACAAGCGAGGAAACGUCAGCACCCAGAGGAGCUGCAUCACCCUCCACGCUUUUAAGGACACUGAGGAGCACAGAGCGUCCUGCAUCUCACAGCCUCCUCUAGGGCUCUGUGUGGUCACUCUGACUCUUCCCAACGGCUGGUUUGAGGAUCAUCACACCCAACAACCGGUGCAGGGUCCAGACCAGCGCUACUCCAGCCUUCAUCGCCGGGUCCAGAAGCGUCACCAGAACCAGCAUCACCGUGCAAACUUCAACCGUCAGCGACCAGCUUCCUCUGCACAGAGUUCUGCUGCUGCUCUGUGGGCCCUCAGACACCAACAAAACCAAAUACAGCUUUACUACUCCUCCUCCGGCACAGUGGAUGGCCUACAGCGAACAUCAGCAGGGUGUCUGGAGGACAGGGCGGCUCAGUCCCAGGGACAGCUCUUCUUCAUGAGGACAUUGUCGCUGAGCGAUCAGGAGGACAAGGGCAGAAAGCCGAGCAGGUCCAGGAAAGAGGAAGUGUGUCAGAACAGGCAGGAAGAGGAGGAGCUUAAAGUGGAUUCCCAUGUUGUGAUUCGCUAUCACAGGGGCCCGGUGCUGGUCGGACAGCCCAUCAGGGUGUCUGUCAACCUGAGGGCCAAUUUCACUGCUCAGUUUGCCGUCAUCAGUCUGAAGGUGAAGAGAGGCUUGGUGUCGAUCGUGGCCCGGAGGACUCUAACCUCGGACCUGUGGGCAGUGACCCUGGAGAGAAGCCAAAGCUCCGAACACGACGUGGUUUCCAUCGUCUGCCACAAACACAGCAUAUUAAAGCAGCCUGCUGAUCCCACUGUCCUCCAGCAGGUGGUGUGUCUGUCCGUCGAUGGAUUGAGGCAGAGCUUUGGCGUGGCCAUGACGGUGUCUGCUAACUGGUGGGUGGAGUACUCUGGGCGUAGUAACCCUCCAUCCUCACACAGGACGGCAGCGAGCGUCUUUUCUUUCACUGAUCGACACAUCUACGGCAUCGCUGCGGUCACAGAGAGCAACACUGUCAUCAACACAGCCAUCCUGACCAACCGGCCGGUGUCGCUGCCUGUCAUGGUUCUGGCUGUGGGCGACCAUGAGAAGGUGUCAGAUGUUACCUCUGCAGUCACCUGCCGUUCUACCAACGAGAACACCAUCAAGGUGUCCAGUGAUUGCUCCACCCUCUUCGUGGACGGCAGUGAGUCUGGGCUGGGGAACACCUGUGCAGAGGUGGACUUUGUUCUGGGCAUGCUCCGUGGGUCUGUUUGUGUGGAGGUGUGGGCUCCAUCGGUGCCUCUGCAGGUGUCCUUAGCAGAUCCUGUUCUCAACGCCAUCGAUGGCUGGAACGUCCUCACAGAGAACGGGUGUGAUCCGGUCUAUCAGCGCUCCUCCAUCCAGGUUCUGACUCAGUUCACAGCUCUGGACUCCAGCAGUAAAUCCGUCCAACUCCUGGGUUCAUCUGAUUGGUUUGUUGAUGUCACAGAGCUGGUCCGUGACUGGCUCAGAGUAGAAGACUCCCGAGUGGCUGCCCUUGGCCCUCACAACACCGUGAUUGGCUUACGACCAGGAAAGACGUCGCUGCAUAUCAUUUCUGAGCAGUGGGACGGUGUCCUCGGCAGGUGUGACAUCACUGUGACCCCUGAUGCCGUUGCCCCCGGCGACUUGUAUGUCCAGGUGGUAAGCGGUCUGGGCAUGUCGGUCACGGCCGGUUCCGCCCACCCGUCCAUCGUCACGGCGACGGUGACAGCUUUCAACAUCCUGUACCAUCAUCAGCAGGAGGCGUCCAUCAGUGUUUGGCUCCAGUUCAGUGAUGAUACCGCCUCCCUGCUCUCCACCUUCAGCGACAUGCCGUUCGUCCUCCAUCUGUCCUCGCUGGCGGAGACCGUGGUCGUCGUGGCGUCCAGCCCCAUCCCACGCGUCUUCGCCCAGGGUGAUGGAGGUGGGCCCUUACUGAGAGCAGAACUGUUGGUUCCUGCCUGUGCUGAUGAGAUGAUUACUUCCAACUCCAUCCACGAAGCCAACAGGGAGUGGGCCAACGUCAAAGGAAACGGAGGAACCUGGAGGCUGGCCAGUGGAUCCGGCUGGAUAAGAGUCAACCUAGAUCUGGGAUUUAAGCAGCCAGGAGGAAAGAAGGAUGAGGAAGAGUUUGAGAUGAACAUUUCAGACAAGCUGGUUGAAGCUUACAGUAACAUCUACACAUCAGGGGAGAAUGAAAUCGGAAAUGUGAGCGCUGGCUAUGACUACUACGACAAAAUCAGUCAGAGGAUGACGAGAAGGAAGUGGAACGAGGCGGGAAACAGAGAGAUGGUCCGUCAGACCACGCUGGAGAGAGCUGUGCUGAUGCCUAAACUAGAGGAGGACACGAUGUACUCGUCCCCAAGCCAGGAGAAAGACGAGGACAGUGGGACGGAAGAGGACGGAGACGGAGCUGAAGACCUGGAGGUGGGUUUAGGGGCUGUCCUCUCUCUGCUCUGCCUCUCUGCUGUCCUCUUCCUGGCUAACUGUCUGCCAUGCAUCCUACGGGACCGGAGAAGACGGACCAGGACAGAGGAGGACAGGGAGGGACAACUGGGACGAUGUACAGCGGAAGACAAGGGGGACGGUAAGAAGAGAGAGGGAGACGACUGGGAGGAAGUAGAGAUGAAGAACAGAGAAGAUAAAGAGGAGCUAAAUAAGAAGCAGGAGGGGAUUAAUAAAGAAGAUGUUAAAGCAGCCGAGAUCAUUUGCUGUUAGACGUGACAGAACGAUGUCCACGUUACGUUCUCUGUUAUCUCUGAUACAACAGGAGAAACAACAACGUGAAACUUUGUUCUACUGUUGGAACACAAAGGCUUCAGCUCUUCCAUUAAACUCCUUCAGGUAGGAGUGGUGGACCAACGAGGCCUUUCCUGGUACUAGACAGAACUGCAGAUCAGAGUUCUCCGUUUUCACUCCGCCAAGGAACAUGACGGAGUAAAAACAUCACUCUUUCACAAACUUUCAGGGAAAGUCAGAAAUGACACAAUGACCAAGUGAUUAGAUUCUGGCCAUGAUGCAGCUUAUAGUCUGGAUCCAUGGAUUUGACAAAAAAAUGGUUCAAAAUUACAUAAAAUUUGCCCAAAAUAACUGAAAAUUUUGUAAAAUGACUAAAAAUUUGUCCAAAAUGACUAAAAAGUUACAAAAUGACUCAAAAUUUGUCUAGAAUGACUCAAAGGUUGUCCAAAAUAACAAAAAAAAAAUCCAACAUGCCAAAUAAAUUUUCAAAACAAUUAAAAAAUUGGUCCAAAGUGACAAAGAAUUGGAUAAAAAAUAGUCAAAUUUGUCUAAAAUGACAAAAUAAUUUUCCAAAAUGACUAAGAGUUGGUUAAAAAUGACUCAAAACUGUCCAAAAACACAAAAUAAUUGUCCAAAAUGACUCAAAACUUGUCUAAAAUCACAAAAAAUGUCCAAAAUGACUUAAAACUUUCCAAAACCAAAAAAAUUGGUCCAAAAUUCCUCAAUAUUUAUAGUCUGGAUCCAUGGAUUUGUUAAAGAUUUCUGUAUCAUUGCCAGAUAGCAGCCCAGCAUCACUGUAACCAUGACAACCAGUGAACACUACAUCAGCUGAUUGUGAUGCUACUACAAAUCCACCUCUGAGGACUUAUCAGGACUUAUCCAUCAGAAAUGAUCCAAGGAACUGCUGAUUAAACUGUGGGGGUGUUUCUGAGUCCCAUACAUAUUUAGGUCAUGUGAUCCGGUAUCCAUACAUAACGUACACAUGUAUGACACACGCCUGUACUCAGAGCAGGUCAUUUUUUAUCAAAGGUUUCAUCCAUUGGAAAUGUAGUGAACUCAGUGUUUUUCCAGUUUUACAUGGCUGCUGUUGUGCCAAAAGAAACACAGCUAAAGGAGCAUGUUGUGACGUUGUGCUCUCACCCUGUCCAAAUGUUCAGACAUGUUCUUCAGACUACCAGCUAAAGUUAAACUCAUCCAGGUACAUUCAGUUUCAGCACUAAAAUGGCAGCAGAAGAAACAAAAAGCAACUCCGUUUUUCAUUUUUAAUCCUGUCCAUCCAACACAGAAACAAGAGAAAUCCUGUUGCCAGCUGUUUAUCUUUCUAAUCCAAGUGUGACGAUUGAUUCUAUUAAUGGUCAGAAAAUAAUCCCUUUAUUAACUGUCAGUCUGUAGCGACACCUGGUGGCCACUCACUGUCAGAGCAGUUCAGUAACUCGGUCAACAUCUGGCUCUUACAGAUCUGCAGUCAGUCAGCAACACCAAACAUCUUCUCAACAUGUGUCCUGCCGUAUGAAAUGAAGUCUGAUCUUGAUGUUGGGUCAGCUGUUAGAGGAAGGUCAGCCCACAUGUCAAAGUUAAACUGUUAAACUGUCCAGUUACACUUUGGUUUCUUGUUUCUGUUCCACUUGUUAAUAAAACAAUGAAGUAUG